CCCAAAAAAUAGAAACCUACCUGGAGCCCCCACACAGACACACUUGAAGUGAAGCUCAGAAACACCACGACACGCAGAACAUAAGAAAUACAAACGUGUCGGUGACGUUUAAGUGUGAUGUAGAGGGUGAGAGCGAGGUCAGUGGACUGUGACAGAUCUUCACGCUAUCACACCAGGACAGCCUGUAUGUAAAGCAGAUGGAGUUCCUUUGUGUGAGAGGUGACAAUUUAUUAUCAGAAGCAACUGAAGGCAGGCAGAGUAAACAUCUAAACCCAUGGGCCUGAAGAAUUCCCGUCCCCAGUUGUUCCCGGGGGACAUCGUGGAGUAUCCCAGGAACAAAUACUUCUCCCACUUCGGGGUGUACUACGGAGAGAGAGACGGCGUUCCCUACGUGGCUCAUCUGACAUGUCGAGAUUCAGACUCCAAGCUGCCGCUCUUUGGCAGAGCUCUGAGGUCAGAGGUCAAACUGGAUCCACUGGAACUGCUGGGGAAAAAAUACAAGGUCAACAACAUGCUGGACGGCUCGUUCCCGGCCAGAGACUUCCACGCCGUGGUGAAGCAGGCCAUCGACGACAUGAUGGGCCGUGAGGUGACGUUCGACAUCCUGUUUCACAACAGCGAGCACCAGGCGACGCUCUUCAGAUACGGAGUCAAGAAAUCUGAGCAGAUAGAGAGAAUCUAUGAACACAUCAUGCCGGCGUGGAAGAAGCUGUUCGAGAAGAAGGAACUGUGAAAACAGUGGAACCACUGGAGGGCGGCGUUGUUCUCCUGGUCGUCAUCAGUAGCCCGUUCUCUUCAAUCUGCGUACAAAUAUCACAACUUUACACUUUCAGAUUGCGUGCAGUGGAAACGCCAAAGUCCGGGUGACUUAUUAGGAGGAGUCAGGUUGGAUGGAUGGUGGUCAUUAUUUUAAUGGAGAUUUUUACUGUCAUGUCUGUCGUUUUUUGUCAUUUGUACCACAUUUUACUGUUUUAACCCAAACGAUGAUCUUUCACUAAACCCGAACCAAGUGGUUUUUGUGGAUAAACCAAACCAAUGGCAUUAAUUGACACGCAAAAAGGUUAAAAAUGUGGCGUUAAAUUGACAUAUCACCUGCACACAGAAUUAGAUUUCGGCCUAUGCACAGCACACAAUUUGAAAACGUAACGUCGUGUUAUUUGUACGCAGAUUGUGAGACCAGGUUGUCAUUACGUUGUUGAGCAUUAGGGCCAAAAUUUAAGAUUUCACUUAUAAAGUCAUGAUUUUGAGAACAAAAAGUCAGAAUAUUAUUGGAUAACGUUGCAAUAUUAUGAGAAAAAGUUUCCAUAUUUCCAGAAUUAAUAUUUCAUAUGUGAUGAUUGGAUACAGUACAACUUACAAAAUAUUCCAAACAUUUGUGGUUCUGAUACUCUGUCGUACUUCAUAAUAGAGUUUUAUUCUUGUGAUUGUUGUCACAUAAGAGGGAAAAUAAUUACCUAAUCAUUACUGAGCAUGUAUUUGAAAGAAGAGAUUAUUUAGGAAACAUCAAGUUUAAUAUGAUAAAUUUUUAAUUAAAGGACCAGUGUGAAGGAUUUAGUGGCAUCUAGUGGUGAGAUUGCAGAUUGCAACCAACUGAACAUCCCUCCCCUCCUCUUCCAAGCGUGUAGGAGAAACCACGUUGGCCACGAAUACUCGCAAAAAACAUGAAAGACCCCCUCUAGAGCCAGUGUUUAGUUUGUCUGUUCUGGGCUACUGUAGAAACAUGG